UUCUCCUAUGCUGUCGGAAGUACUAGAUAAACAGCACAGGGGACUUUACAUAUGUUUCUCUCCUCCUUUAUUGCUGAACAGUAGCUUAGCUUUUAUCCAGUUGAAGUUGGCAGGUAAAAAAAAUAAACACCUUACGAGGAAAGCUAGAUCACUCUCUAUAUAAGGGUAGUUACCCUUAUCUCACAGAUAUUGCCUUCGCCAUUCUGAUACUGCAUUCAGGAAAUCUGAGAUGCAACUGUUCUAUAAAGGGAGAUAUGUUUACUUCGUCUGCUGCUUUAUGCAAAGCUACACACGAUGUGUCUGUGUUGGUACCUUCUAAACAAAAAGGAAAAGCUUUUUCAAGUGACUUGUGGAUUAAAUCUCGUACAAGGAGGCCUUUGGGAAGCAUAUGUGGAUCCUGGAUAGUGGAGAGAUCUAUUCCUAUCCGUCUGUUCAUUCCAGCUCGUGCUAGUGAUGGGAAUGGUACUGCGAAAUGCUUGAACAGCAAUUCUUCCAUCCUAAAGCAGGUCUUGAUUGAUUUUAUAGACGAGGAUAGUUUUUUCAAAGAUGAAAUUGAUACAGCUUCAGAUUGUGGCAAAAGUUUUUCAACCGAAGAUCAGACCGUUGAGGAGCCAUGGCUAUGCGAAUCUUCCUCGCUUCUUCAUCAUUUGGCAGAGUCAGAUGCUCCUGUUGAUUUCAUUUGUGAUGACAAGAUAGUUAAGGGUCUUGACUGUGAAAAUUUAGAAUCAAGAUGCUUAAAGCAGUCUACACUUAGUGAGAAUUUCUGGUCCAAGUAUGAGGUAAAUGCUAAUUAUGCUUCAUCAGGAACCUCGUAUGAAACAUAUGCCUAUGUGGAGGAGCCCUGGUUACUUCAAGCAUGUACCUCUUCUCCUAGUUUUGAUGCUGAGACGGCUCCUGACGACCGUAAAGUUGAACAGUCAGAUAAAGAGGAUGAAGCUCAACCUUCAUUUAGCAAUCAACUUGAACAAUUAGCUCAACCUUCAUCUAGCAAUCAACAUGAACAAAUACCUGAGAAGUUGUUGCCUGUUGAUCAAAAUGAUGCAAUUUCCAAGGAAGACUCAGUUACAACAAUUAUUCUGAUUAAUUCUUCGGUAUGUACUGUGCAAAGAAUUGCUGUUUUGGAAAAUAAGAAACUGGUUGAACUGUUGCUGGAACCGGUGAAAAAUAAUGUGCAGUGCGAUAGUGUAUAUCUAGGAGUAGUUACAAAGUUAGUUCCACACAUGGGUGGUGCAUUUGUAAAUAUUGGCACUUCAAGACCCUCCUUUAUGGAUAUAAAGCCCAACAGAGAACCAUUUAUUUUCCCCCCAUUUUGUCAUGAUUCAAGGGGAAAAAUAAUUAAUGGUACUGUGGUGGACAUGCUUGAAGAGAAUCAAGGUUUUCCUGGAAAUGAAUCCACUUUAGAAGAAGUGGACAGAGAUGAGAUUGAAGAUGCUGAUAUAGAGGACGAUUCCAUGGAAUACAUGGACAAUGAGUUUGGGGAGCAUGAAAGGGGUGACACUUGUAAUUUUUCAGAAGUCCUUGUAGAAAAUUGUAAUGGUACUGUAACUGAGCAUGGGCUUGAAUCUCAUUCAGAGAAAUAUCUGGAAGAAUCCAGUGGAAUUGGGUACCAAUCGCAGAAUCCAACUAUUGAGCAUACUGUGAAUGGUAAUAAAGUUUCACAAAGAGAUGAAAGCAAGUGGGUCAAAGUCCGGAAAGGCACUAAAAUAAUUGCUCAAGUUGUUAAAGAAGGAUUGGGCACGAAGGGCCCGACACUGACUGCUUAUCCAAAAUUAAGGAGCAGAUUCUGGGUUUUAGCUCCUCGCGGCAACACAAUAGGUAUUUCAAAGAAGAUCGCUGGUGUUGAGCGCACACGUUUAAGAGUCAUUGCAAAAACUUUGCAGCCUCAAGGGUUUGGUCUUACGGUAAGGACAGUUGCAGCCGGUCAUUCAUUAACUGAAUUGCAGAAGGACUUGGAAGGCUUGCUUUCAACUUGGAAAAGUAUAAUUGAGCAUGCAAAGUCAGCAGCUCUUGCCGCAGAUGAAGGUGUUGAUGGAGCAGUUCCCGUUAUGCUUCACCAGGCAAUGGGUCAAACACUCUCUGUUGUUCAGGAUUAUUUUAGCGAUCAGGUGAAGAGUUUGGUGGUUGAUUCUCCAAGGACAUAUCAUGAGGUUACAAACUAUCUUCAAGAAAUUGCACCUAAUCUGUGUGAAAGAGUUGAGUUGUAUGGCAAAAGAACUCCGCUGUUUGAUGAAUAUAAGAUUGAGGAAGAAAUAGACAACAUUCUCAGCAAAAGGGUUCCCCUUGAUAACGGAGGUUAUCUAGUGAUUGAACAGACAGAGGCUUUAGUCUCCAUCGAUGUAAAUGGUGGGCAUUGUGUGCUUGGUCAAGGGACUUCACAAGAGAUAGCUAUUCUAAAUGUUAACCUUGCAGCUGCCAGACAAAUUGCUAGGGAAAUAAGGCUGAGAGAUAUUGGUGGCAUU